UACUUUUUUGCAUUUUUUUUAACAGUGUCAGUCACAUGAAAAACAGAAAGGAAAAACAAAAACCAAAAUACAAAAAAUGGGAAUUUGUGAUGUCUACAUAAAUACCACUAUUAAUGUUAAUGAUAAUGUUAUAGCCAUAGGCAAUGUAAAAAUAUAAGCUUUCCUGUGGCUUUGGAUUCUUCUGGCAAAUCGUGCCUGCCAGCUUUUACUUGGUUAUGGCUAAACAAGUCUAAAAUUUGUCCCACAAAGAAAAUUAUUGUAUUAUUAUAAAAGCGGAAGAAUAAGAAAAAGGGUCCAAGACAGCCUUAGACCAAAGCCAGUUCUGGUUCUGGGUGGUGAUCAGUUUGGAGAGAGAUGAGGAAGAAUUGGAGAAAAGGUUUGGUUUUGCUGCUGUUCACAGUCUGCAUUUUGGGGUUUAAGCCCAGAUGUGCCAAUGGUGCUACAGAUCAAGGAGAUGCUUCAGCUCUAGGGGGUAUGUUCAGCAGUUUAAAUUCACCACAGCAGCUAACAGGAUGGACCUCUAGCAAUGGUGAUCCAUGUGGGCAGUCCUGGAAAGGUGUUACUUGUUCGGGCCAACGUGUCACUGAAAUUAAACUGUCGAAUCUUGGACUUUCUGGGUCAAUUUACAACCUUCAAAGUUUGACAUCAUUGAAGGAACUGGACAUGAGCCAUAACAAUAUUGCAGGCGAAAUACCAUAUAAUCUUCCUCCGAACUUGCAGCAAUUAAACCUUGCAUUUAAUCAAUUUACUGGAAGCGUCCCUUAUGUCUUCCAUGACAUGCCUUCUCUUCAAUACCUAAAUCUUGGUCAUAACCAGUUGCAGAACCAAUUGAAUGACAUGUUUGCACCACUUUCUUCCCUCUCCACAUUGGAUCUCUCUUUCAAUGCUCUUACUGGUGAUCUCCCUGAGAGUUUUAAAAAUCUCUCUAGUGUGAACUCUAUGUAUUUGCAAAACAACCAGUUUACAGGCACUAUUGAUGUCCUUGCCAAUCUUCCCCUUGAUAAUCUGUAUGUUUCAAAUAACCGUUUUACUGGCUGGAUACCUGAUCAGUUGAAAAGUAUCAAUUUGCAGAAGGACGGAAACUCAUGGAGCUCGGGACCUGCUCCCCCACCUCCACCUGGUACCCCUCCUGCCACUAGAAACAACAGAAAUCACAAAUCUGGUAGCAAUAGUUCCCCAUCGGAUGGUGGUUCUGGUGGUGGCAGUAGCAAAUCAGGCAUUGGAGGUGGAGGCAUAGCAGGAAUAGUGAUUUCCAUCCUGAUUGUUGGGGCUAUAGUAGCAUUCUUUCUGGUGAAAAGAAGAUCCAAGAGGUCAUCCUCAGAUAUUGAAAAGCUUGAUAAUGAACCCUUUGCUCCUCUUGCUUCUAACGAAGUGCAAGAAAUGAAAUCCAUUCAGUCUUCCUCUUCAAUUGACACCAAGACCUUUGAUACACCUGCUUCAAUAAACCUUCGACCCCCUCCCAUCGACCGCCACAAAUCAUUUGAUGAAGAAGACUUUUCUAAAAAGCCCGUUGUUGUUAAGAAAGCUGUCCCAGCCCCUACAAAUGUUACAUCAUAUUCAAUAGCAGACCUCCAGAUGGCUACAGGCAGUUUCAGUGUUGAAAAUCUUCUUGGUGAAGGGUGUUUUGGACGUGUUUAUCGAGCUCAAUUUGAUGAUGGCAAGGUUCUUGCUGUGAAGAAAAUAGAUUCAUCAGCUCUUCCCAGUGAAAUAUCUGAUGAUUUUAUAGAGAUAGUUUCAAAUAUCUCCCAGUUGCAUCACACAAAUGUAACAGAGCUGGUUGGCUAUUGUUCAGAGCAUGGACAGCACCUGCUUGUCUAUGAGUUCCACAAAAAUGGCUCACUGCAUGACUUUCUCCAUGUAUCAGAUGAGUACAGCAAGCCGUUGAUUUGGAACUCUCGUGUUAAAAUUGCUCUGGGGACUGCACGUGCAUUAGAGUACCUGCAUGAAGUUUGCUCACCAUCUAUUGUUCAUAAAAAUAUCAAGUCAGCCAACAUCUUACUUGAUGCUGAGCUCAAUCCUCACCUUUCAGACUCGGGCUUGGCAACCUUUAUUCCAGAUGCAGAUCAGGUACUAAAUCGUGAUGAUGUAGGGUCUGGAUACAGUGCACCUGAGGUUGCUAUGUCUGGUCUGUACUCUCUUAAGAGUGAUGUUUACAGUUUUGGAGUGGUUAUGUUGGAACUUCUCACUGGACGUAAGCCAUUUGAUAGCACAAGGCCAAGACUUGAGCAAUCUUUGGUUCGAUGGGCAACACCUCAGCUCCAUGACAUUGAUGCUCUAUCUAAGAUGGUUGACCCAGCACUUAAAGGGCUUUACCCCGUUAAAUCUCUCUCGCGUUUUGCAGAUGUGAUUGCUCUUUGUGUCCAGCCGGAGCCUGAGUUUCGACCACCUAUGUCAGAAGUGGUUCAAGCAUUGGUUCGACUAGUGCAGCGAGCUAACAUGAGUAAGAGAACAAUUGGGACGGACCAAGGAGCAUCUCAGCGAACCGACAACCCUGAUGCACAUGACGACUACAUGUCUUAAAUGGCUGCAGUAGUCCUGCUAAGACUGUUUUGGUGACGAGGACUUGAGAUUGUAAUCAUGUUAAAAGUUUUCGUUUGAUUGUAAUAUUAUUACUAUACCCCCUAACUUUAGCGUCAGUUUCAAGUCAGCCCUGCGCUUUGUAAUAUGUUGCAAUAUGGUCCAAUCGGUGGCACCCAUUUAAUUAAAAUUCUUUCACCGUUCUGUAUAUGUUGAACUUUGGUGUUUCUUUUAAUUCUCUUUACAAUAAUAAGACACAUAAUAAUUCCCUCAGUUCUCA